AUGACUUCCUACAGUCCUACCUACAUUCCAUCCCCAAACUGGGACAUCCCCGCUGAUAGCAACACUGUUGUCCUUGGGCGACUCAUCAAAGACCCCAAGAACCCAGAGAGCAAAAUCGCCAAAAGCGACAUCAUCUCAAUCCAAGAGUCUGAUAUCUAUGAUGGAGACAAAACUGACUGGGAGACCACUCUUGAGCAGGUGCGCUCGGGCAAUGUCGGCUUCUGGGCGAAAUGCAUGCAGAUUAUCGGCGGAGGCCUAAGCUUCAGUCAAAUCAAGUCAUCAAUGGAAAAGCACAGGUUUGAUCAUUUGGAAACCAAAUACUUCUUACCCGACGACGAGUAUUUCUCUCAAGUACUUGAGGAUGCGGGUGCGAAGGCAUAUCUCCAUGUGCAUCGCGGAAAACAGCCCAUUUAUUUGAUCACCGGCAUCAAGGUCGCAAGGGGAGCAAGCGUUACCGCUGAGAGUAGCCGUGACCGGUCCGUCAAGGGCGAGCUGAAGGCCGCUCUCACCAGCGUGGGCGCUCCAGUGGACUUUGGACCCGACGCCAGCUGGAGGUCUGAAGACAAGCAGGGUGUAUCCUAUGGAGGAUCUACUGAUUAUAUCUUCGCCUACCAGCUCACCAGGAUCAAGCAGAAGAAGGGUCAAACAGAAACCAAGAAUGAGAGCUAUGUAAAGGGUGCUGUUUACGGCAAGGGAGAACAGAGCAGCGAUUCGGAGAAGAUCGGGGACCUCUUCGAAUUUGAGGAGGAGGCAAAUCUCGGAUUCCCCGAAACGUACGAGGAGAAAGUUGGCGAUGAUAUGUAG